UAUACGAUCUACCUGUUUUCACGUCACACGUCGUACUACACAUUGUGACUAUACGAGGCUUGAAAAAAAUUCGAUGUGUCCAUCGAGCAGAGAGCGGCGUGCCAAUAUUCGUACAACAUAACAUCAACUUUUAUUAAUCUUUCGUUUGUGGUUGGAGGUUAUAGAUUAUUAAAAAAAAACAAAUACGAUUUUUUUUCCACGGCGUAUUAAAAAAGUGAAUAUUUUUCGUGGUUAUCGUCUUGAUAAAGAAUAAGUUGCCACGAAACCUGACUAAAUUCGUGCAUAUUUGGCUCUUUCACAUUCUUAACGACGAGUUUCUGGACUGUCUCGACUUUAAUUCGCAUACUUCGUUAAGUCCAGGAGAAAAUGCUUACGUCAAUAUACUUUCACAACUAUAACCUUUCGUUACGCUUAUCUCGAGUACGUUACCAUGUUCGAUCAGUGAUAACAUUUUAAAAGCAAAAAAAUAAAAACAUAAAAAAACGAUAGAAAUUUGAGGCUCAUCGAUCUCUGGGUAUCGGCGCCCCUAUCGAUUAUUUCGUCGACGAUGCAAAAUAAUUCAAAAACCAGAGAAAUGUUUAUAGUAAGAGCACUGGAAAAAAUCCUUGCCGACAAAGAUGUCAAACGAUCGCAUCUGUCCCAACUUCGAAAAUCAUGUGAAUCGGCACUUGAUGAUUUGCGAAACGAGAUCAAAGAAGUUCCUAAUAACCAAGCGGACGAAGGAAUUUCCAAUGCUUUGCCUCAGCCGAAGAGCGAUUCCAAUGUUAUAUCGGCAGAGAAAUAUUUCCUACCGUUUGAGCUUGCGUGUCAGAGCAAAUCGCCAAGGAUAGUGGUAACGGCGUUGGAUUGUCUGCAGAAAUUAAUUGCGUACGGACAUUUAACGGGCAAUGUACCAGACUCUACAGAACCAAAUAAACUUCUUAUAGUUCGUAUUGUUGAAACAAUAUGCGGAUGUUUCAUGGGCCCACAAACGGAUGAAGGAGUCCAGCUGCAAAUCAUAAAGGCUCUGUUGACUGUCAUGACCAGUCAACAUGUUGAAGUUCACGAAGGAACAGUUCUACUUACUAUACGUACUGUAUAUAACGUUUAUCUAGCUUCCAGAAAUUUGGUUAAUCAAACAACAGCACGUGCCACACUUACACAAAUGAUCAACGUGAUUUUCGCCCGUAUGGAAACACAAGCGGAAGAUCUGAUCGCUCGAGGCGAAACGUCAGAGCAAUUGGAAGCCUCCCAGGAGACACAAAAGUCUGAGGGCGAGAUUGAACCAACAAAUAAUCAGGUUCCACCACCAGACUCGGCCACCGAAGCAAAUAUUGUGGUGAAAACGAUUUUGGACGAUAUUGUUAACAGCGUUGUACCAGAAGAAGUUCCCCCAGCUACAACACCCGCAGGAAAGCACAGCCUUGAUCCAGUACCAACCGACGACAAUACAGACGAAACAACGGGCGAAAAUGAUAACAUGGUCACUGCGAAAUUCACUCACGUACUUCAGAAAGACGCUUUUCUCGUUUUUCGAGCUCUUUGCAAACUUUCAAUGAAACCACUACCUGAUGGCACCCCGGAUCCAAAAUCUCAUGAGCUGCGCUCGAAAAUUUUAUCGUUACAAUUACUUCUCGGAAUAUUGCAAAACGCCGGACCAAUAUUACGCUCGAACGAGAUGUUUGUGAUAGCCAUAAAGCAAUAUCUCUGCGUGGCUCUUUCGAAAAACGGUGUGUCAUCGGUGCCUGAAGUUUUCGAACUCUCGUUGGCACUGUUUCUUGCGCUUUUGGCACGUUUCAAAGUACACUUGAAGAUGCAGAUCGAAGUAUUUUUCAAGGAAAUCUUUAUGAACAUACUCGAAACUUCGAGCAGUUCUUUCGAGCACAAGUGGAUGGUAAUUCACGCUUUAACUCGGAUUUGUGCAGAUGCACAGAGUGUUGUUGAUAUAUACGUAAAUUAUGAUUGCGAUCUUUCUGCCGCUAAUCUUUUCGAAAGGCUCGUCAACGACUUGUCCAAGAUUGCUCAAGGUCGUCACGCCCUGGAAUUGGGUGCAUCGCCGAAUCAAGAAAAAUCGAUGCGUAUUCGCGGUCUGGAGUGUCUCGUUUCAAUAUUGAAGUGUAUGGUCGAGUGGAGUCGAGACCUCUACGUUAAUCCGAGUAUACCGACAGAUCAUCAAAUUCCGACUGAGCCACCUGACCCUCCGGUGGAAGCGGCUUUGCCGCGUUAUGGGAGCGCCGGAAGUUUGUCCUCGGCUAAUUCUAGUCUCGUAGGGAAUAAGGAAGUUCCUGAUUCCCCGGAACAGUACGAAGUCCAGAAGCAACAGAAAGAAGUUUGGGAAGCAGGAAUUGAUACUUUCAACCGUAAGCCUAGCAAAGGCGUUCAGUACCUUCAAGAACAAGGCCUUCUAGGGAAUUCGGUGGAAGAUGUAGCUCGCUGGCUUCACUCUGACGAGAGGUUAGACAAGACAGCGAUCGGGGAUUUUCUCGGUGAUCACAAUCACAAUCAAGUCAUGUACAAUUACAUAGAUCAGAUGGAUUUCGCGAACCGCGAUCUGGUCACGGCACUAAGAUACUUUCUCGAGGGCUUCAGACUCCCCGGCGAAGCCCAAAAGAUUGAUCGUUUGAUGGAGAAAUUCGCUAGUAGAUACUGCGAAUGCAAUCCCAACAACGGUUUAUUCACGAGCGCUGACACGGCGUACGUUCUCGUGUUUUCCAUCAUAAUGUUAACGACCGAUCUGCAUUCGCCACAGGUUAAGAAUAAAAUGACAAAGGAGCAGUACAUCAAACUAAAUAGACAUAUUAGCGACAAUGAGGAUUUACCUGAAGAGUAUUUGUCCAAAAUUUAUGAUGAGAUUGCGGGUAAUGAGAUAAAGAUGAAGGCGCAUCCGAAUCGGCCGGGAAAACAAGUAAUAUCGAGCGAGAAAAAACGGCGGCUUUUGUGGAACAUGGAAAUGGAAGUGAUAUCAACCGCAGCAAAAAAUUUAAUGGAGUCUGUAUCGCACGUACAAGCGCCUUUUACAACUGCAAAACACUUGGAGCAUGUACGUCCAAUGUUCAAAAUGGCUUGGACGCCAUUCCUAGCAGCUUUUAGUGUUGGUCUUCAGGACUGUGAUGAUCCGGAAAUCGCCUCGCUCUGUUUAGACGGAAUACGAUGCGCGAUACGAAUCGCUUGUAUUUUUCACAUGACGUUGGAACGCGACGCUUAUGUCCAAGCACUCGCAAGAUUUACUCUUCUCACGGCCAAUUCGCCAAUAACCGAGAUGAAAGCCAAAAACAUUGACACCAUCAAAACCCUUAUUACAAUUGCGCACACCGAUGGGAAUUAUCUUGGUAGCUCGUGGCUCGACGUUGUCAAGUGCAUAUCGCAGCUCGAGCUCGCUCAACUUAUCGGCACCGGUGUUCGACCCCAGCUCCUCGGUCCAACAUCAAAACCUCACUCUCCAUCGCUGCCUACCAACUUCACGAGUCUUGUACACAACAAUCUUCAUCAAUCGAACAGUCUCAGUUCGAUGAACCUUAGUUCGUUAGAUCCGAGCGUAAAGGAAUCGAUCGGCGAGACGAGUUCACAGAGCGUAGUAGUUGCGGUCGACAGAAUCUUCACAGGUUCAACGAGGUUGGACGGUGACGCGAUCGUGGAGUUCGUAAAAGCGUUGUGCCAAGUAUCGCUCGAGGAAUUGUCGCAUCCAACGCAGCCGCGAAUGUUUUCAUUGACGAAAAUAGUCGAAAUAUCGUACUACAACAUGGGUCGUAUAAGAUUGCAAUGGUCACGAAUAUGGCAAGUGCUGGGUGAUCAUUUCGACCGAGUGGGUUGCAGUCCGCGUCAGAAUAUCGCGUUCUUCGCGGUGGAUUCGUUGCGACAAUUGGCAACGAAAUUUAUCGAAAAGGGUGAAUUCGCUAAUUUUCGUUUCCAAAAGGAAUUUCUCCGUCCUUUCGAGCACAUAAUGAAGAAGAAUCGUUCGUCGGUGAUCCGAGACAUGGUCGUGCGUUGUGUGGCUCAAAUAGUGCACUCGCAAGCGCCGAACAUACGCUCCGGCUGGAAAAACAUAUUCAGCGUUUUUCAUUACGCGGCGAGCGACCGAGACGAGUCGGUCGUAGAGGUCGCGUUCAAAAUAACUAUGAAAAUAGUUAAAGGACUUUACGCCGAAGAUUUCAGUAUAAUGGUCGAUUCUUUCCAAGACGCCGUCAAGUGCCUCAGCGAGUUUGCCUGUAAUUCUUCCUUCCCGGAUUUCAGCAUGGAAGCGAUAAGACUGAUGCGUGACAGUGCCUCUAACAUCGUAACUAAUACGAAAAUGUUUGCGGAGGGUAUGAUGGACGACAGUGGAAUGGUUUCGGAGGAAGAUCGUGCUUGGGUACGAGGCUGGUUCCCCCUUCUCUUUGAACUAUCGUGCGUCGUCAGUCGCUGUAAAUUGGACGUAAGGACCCGAGCGCUCACGGUCCUCUUCGACGUCGUAAAAACUCAUGGAUCCUUGUUCAAGCCCCAUUGGUGGAAAGAUCUGUUCCAAGUGCUCUUCAGAAUUUUUGAUAACAUGAAAUUACCGGAACAACAUACGGAAAAAGCCGAAUGGAUGACGACCACGUGCAAUCAUGCUCUCUACGCGAUAAUCGACGUAUUUUCACAAUUUUACAGCAUCCUCGGACCUCUUUUGCUAGGACAGCUCUAUUCGCAGUUGCUCUGGUGCGUCCAGCAGGAUAACGAACAAUUGGCACGUUCGGGGACAAAUUGUUUAGAAAAUUUGGUUAUAAGCAACGGCAACAAAUUCGACGAAGAAACGUGGGCCAAAACUACUAAUUGCGUUCUCGAAAUAUUUCAAAGUACAAUACCCACCGCGCUGCUCACGUGGAAACCACAGUCAGCCAACAAAGAGUCUGACCUCGACGUUAUAACGGGCGAGAGUGACGGACACAUUGGAAUUUUGAAAAGAACCAACAGCACGCAGAGCCUCGUGAACAAUUGUGAUGCCAGCAAGACCAAACUUUUCUCAUCGCUCAUGAUCAAGUGCGUGGUUCAACUGGAAUUGAUACAAACGAUCGACAACAUAGUUUUUUAUCCAGCGACUUCGAGGAAAGAGGAUCAAGAGAAUCUCGCUCUCGCCCAAGCGGACAUGUUGAACGGUAAAUUGUCGGAUACCAGCGACGACUGUACAGUGAAUCAACAAAAAGAAGAGCAAGGAAUGUACCGAGCUCUCGAUACGAGAAAUCUGCUUGAGCUGGUCGACUGUUUGCUGCGAUCACACCGUUUCGCUAAAAGUUUCAACGUCAACAACGAGCAGCGUAAUUUAUUGUGGAAAGCUGGAUUCCGUGGGACCGCCAAACCUAAUCUUAUGAAUCAAGAGACUCAGUCUUUGGCUUGUGCGCUUCGGGUACUCUUCAAAAUGUACAACGACGAAGCGCACCGAUCAAAUUGGCCGUCGAUCGAGUCGAGACUCGAAGAAGUCACUCGCGAAGGCCUCGAGUAUUUUCUUGCUCUCUCGAACGAGGUUCAUCGUGACGCUUGGACGCCCAUACUCUUGUUGUUACUUUCGAGAAUAUUGAAAAUGUGCGAUCAACGUUUUGCCAUACACGCCGCUAUUUGUUAUCCGUUUUUGUGCGAAAUCAUGUGUUUCGAUCUCAAACCCGAGCCACGAUCUGUAUUGCGACGUUUCUUUCUAAGAAUCGGCCCCGUAUUCAGGAUCACGCAACAGUGAACACCACACAAGUGUUAAUGCUUUACUUCAUCCUUCGAUUUAAAUUAGUGAUGCGAGGGAGGAAGAGAUUCAAAUGCAAUCGGUCACUCAGCGAAACUUGUAUUACUACUGCGACUCGAUUUAUACUAUUAAACACAAAUUAAAUAUAUAAAUAUUAUACAUAGUCGAUUGAUAGACGACACGAUGGUUUUCAAAAUAGAUAGAAAAAUCAAGUGAACCGAAUAAAAUAAAAUGGCGUGUGAAAAGGAAGCGACGAAAAUAGAUGAAGUUAGGAAUCGGAAUGAUUGAGCCGGUAACACUUUGUCAAUCCUAACUUGAUUUUUGUUAUACGUAGAGUCGAUGAAAUUCAAACUCGUGCAUAAUGUGUGAAGAUUGCACGAAACUCGUGGAUUUGUUUGAUGAUUUUUUUCUCCCCCUGACGUGUGGCCCUAAAUGCGCGAAACACUUAUCUUUUUUUUUUGUCCAAAGACUUCGGCAAACAAAUAGGGAAACGAAAAUCUCUUAUUUAUUGUAAAAUCUGAGUAAAAAUCUAAAAUAAAUUUGUAGUAGAAAUUAUCAGUCGCGAUAAGAAAAAAAGGGGAGAAAAGUGAACGAGAAAGGGUUAUUCAAGGAGAGACAUGAUAAUCUUAGAUUUUUAAAUCUGAAGGAGAAUUGAAUUUCGAAAAAUGUAGAAAUUCUCGACAUUACAUGUAUUAUAUAUUUACUAAAUUGUAAUUUAUAUUGAAAGAAAAAAAAAACAAACUAUACGAGAUACACGAACUCGAGAAACUUAUUUAGGAACAAAUUUAUUUAAUAAACUUAAGGAUUUUUUGGAGGAGCAGCUUGGAAAGUCAUUAAAAUCAUCGAUCAUGUUUUUACUGAGCACUUUCAUUUUUAUGCGUGAAAACUCCUGCAGUUCAUAAUUAAGCAGCUACUUUCAUUAAACUGUAUCCCAAAAUCAAUCGCUCAUGUUUAUCAGCCAGCGUUUUUCAUUGGAUCAGAAUUUUUCGAAACUUUGUAGCUGAAUAAUAUAUCUAAAAAAUUUAAUAAAAAGAAAACUAAAAAAAUCAACCCACUUUCCUGUGGGGGAAAAAUUCAUCAAACUAUUAAAAGUACUUAAAAUAGUAAAAGCCAUUUUACUUUUUAAUACAAAAAAAACUCUAGUUCUGCAAUAUUUCUAACCACAAUUUUCAUUGCGAAUUGUUUAAAAGCAACAGUGUUUGAUUUCACAAGUGUAUUGAAUGUACAUUCUUUUCUAAAAGUAACGAAUGGCAAAAAACGUAUUUUUAUAACUUUCCAAUAAGCGAGUAAACGCCACUUCAUCCUCUGUUCUCGGUCUAAUGUAUAUUGAACAUAGAAAAAGAUAAAUAACUUACCAUUUACAUAGAGAAUUGCCUUGUUAAUUGCAAUUGCCUUAUAUUCUGUCUCAAGGAUUUAAUUUCAUUAAAAAAUGAACGCAGCAUUAAAA